AUGUCUGAACGUAAAGUCCUUAAUAAAUAUUUUCCUCCAAACUUUGAUCCAUCACAGAUCCCAAGACAGAAAAAGCCAAAGGAUUUACAGCAUAAAGUACGUUUGAUGUCACCGUUCUCUAUGCGAUGUGAAAGCUGUGGAGAAUAUAUUUAUAAAGGAAAGAAGUUUAAUGCAAGAAAAGAAACAGUAGAAGGAGAAACUUAUUUAAGUAUCAAGAUUUUUAGAUUUUACAUUAGAUGUCCUCGAUGUUCUGCAGAAAUUACAUUCAAGACUGAUCCCAAGAAUACAGAUUAUGUAGCAGAGCAUGGUGCUAGUAGAAACUUUGAGCCUUGGCGAGAACAAGACGAUAAGAAGGAAUCAGGUGAUGAAGAAGAAGAGAAUGACCCGAUGAAAGCACUGGAGAACCGUACGUUAGACUCUAAACGUGAAAUGGAAAUAUUGGAUGCACUGGAUGAAAUUCGAACACGUAACGCAAGGGCAGAACGAAUUGAUGUAGAUGAAGUGCUUAAUCGAUUUUCAAAUGAGGAUCAGGCAGAGAUCAAUGCACGUAUGAAAGAAGAAGAAGAAGAGUAUGAAAAAGAAGCAAAGGCCGUAUUUGAGAGUGCAGAUGGAGCACAGGUACGAAAGAUUAAGGAAGCAGAACCAGAUGCUAUCUCUCUUGUCAGUCAAACAAAGGUGGCCAUGGAUUUGCCCUCAUUUAAACCAUCUGUGAUAAAACCUACUGUGAUAAAGAAAAGAGAACCAAGUAAAACCAUUGGUGUAGUUGUCAAAAAGAAGCAAAAGCAAGAAAACGGAGGUGCAUUGUCCAUGCUUGCCAAUUAUAGUGAUACCGAUUCAGAAUAA